AUGAAUUUUAUUCUUCUAAUAUUGCUCUUAUCUAACUUAACAUACGCUGAAAAGUGCGUUAAAGACGUGGAUUGCAGCUCGUUAAGUCAUUGCGUUGAUAACAAGUGUGAACACAAGUCUUUAUAAUCAAAAUAUGGCACAUCAAAAAUAGGGUCUUGACAGAAAAUUUUUCUUUGGCUUCACCCAGCGAAUUUAUUCAAGCAUUAAAGCUCAGCUGUCCACAACACUGGAGAGCUAUCUAAGGGAGAUGGAAUUUCUGGAAGUGUGCCACCAAAGCAGGCAGCAGAGAUUGGGACAUCUAGCACUCCUGAUAGUUUUAGAAGGGGCUGCCGUCUUAAGAGAUAGAUAAGGCUGUGUCCCAGUCUUUAUUUCCUCUUGCAGGCAUCGAGUUUUUUGGGACUUUCAUGACAAUUUUAGUAAGUGCCCUUUCAAAUGCAGCUGGCAUUGGUGGAGGACCACUUAAUACGAUGACUUUCCAGUUCUUUUUCUUAUUUGACACUUUUGAUUCAAUACCCCUAUCACAGAUUGUCAUUUUUGGAGGUAGCUUGAUGUCAGUCGCGCUAAAAAUACCUUCAAGACACCCUACUAAGGAUCGCCCACUGAUAGAUUAUGAAUUAGUAGCUUAUUUGCUAACUCCGCUUUUGGCCGGGACUACAAUUGGUGUUAUUUUCCACUUAUCUUUCCCAGAUUGGCUUACAAUUUUACUUCUCAGUAUUCUUAUGAGCUAUUUAACAUAUCAAACGACUAAAAAAGGGGCGAGAUUAUUUCACCGAGAAACUAUCAUCAAAAACAGUUCUCACAGCAUCGCAAGAUUAAUCGAUGCUUUUCAAAACGACUUAAGAACACCACAUACAGACAAAACUGAUGUGCAGAUAGAAAGGGACCGAGGCAUUCUGGAAAAAAUUAUAGAAGAAGAAAACAAAUUGGUCCCUUUGCAUCCUGCCGUCACUAUUGCUAUGAUUUUAGGAGUUGUCAUGGUGGCUGCUUUUAUUAAAGGCGGAAAUGGCUUUGACUCUAUAUUAGGGCUUGCUCAAUGUGGGGCAGGGUAUUGGAUUUUUAUUUUCUUUUAUUUUGUGGGAUUGAUGAUGCUGACCUAUCAUAAUGGUAAAUAUAUUAUUGAAAAAACGGCCUUGAUGAUUAAUAUUGGGUAUAUUUUUGACCCAUCAGACGUCAAAUGAAAUAAAUAUAAAGCUAUAAAAAUAGGGGCUGUUACCUUUUUUGCUGGAGUUGCAUCAGGUGCUUUGGGUAUUGGAGGAGGGUCUAUUAUGAACCCUUUUUUGUUGUCCAUUGGAGUCAGGCCUGAGGUUUCUACAGCUUGCUCAACUUUUAUGGUGCUUUUUAGUUCCUCUGUUGGGGUUUUGCAGUUUAUGAUUGGAGGAGUUAUCAGUUACGACUAUGGGGCAUGAGUCUUCAUAUGGGCUGUGGUUGGGUCAGCCCUAGGGUAUUUCGUUAUUAAAAGAAUCAUUGAGAAGAUGAACAGACCUUCAAUCAUAGUUUUGUUGCUUGCAUUUAUGAUGAUUGCAAGCUUAGUAGGAAGCUUAGUCAUAGGAAUUUUCAAAAUUUCAAGUAAAAUAAGUGAUGGGACAAUGGAGUAUGGGUUUUCAAGUUUAUGCUAA